AUCUAAUGACUUUGAAUAGACUUAAUCGUUGUAAUACAUCUAUAUUACUGGAUUUUCUUCCAUAAUUUUAAGUGGAAUACUAUCAGUCAAUUACUUAUACCGUUCACUGUAUAGUGUAUAAAGGAGCUUUACCAUGGUGUAUUAAAUAUUGUUUGCAAAUAAUGAACCAAUUCUAUAUUAUCACAAUUGUUCUAAUCAAGUUGAUCUACGGACAGCAACGACAUUUUCCUGAUUGUCAAUCUGGCCCAUUAUCACCGUAUCCGAUAUGCAAUUCAUCAUUGUCGUAUCAUGUACGGGCUCAAGAUUUAAUUUCUCAUAUGACAAUCGACGAAAAAAUAUCACAAAUGGUCACACGUUCUCCUUCGAUCGAUCAUCUUGGUAUUCCUGCAUAUAUCUGGUGGUCUGAAGCUUUACAUGGUCUUGCUUUUUGUCCUGGUGUACAAUUUGGUGGUGAUUUACCGUCAGCCACUUCAUUUCCAAUGCCACUUAAUUUAGGUGCCACAUUCAAUAUGAAAUUAGUUUAUGAUAUCGGACAAAUAAUAUCCACGGAAGCACCAACAUUCAAUAAUUAUGGACAAGCUGGUCUUACAUAUUUUACACCAAAUAUUAAUAUAUUUCGAGAUCCUCGAUGGGGUCGAGGACAAGAGACCCCAGGUGAAGAUCCAUAUUUGACAUCACAGUAUGUUUAUUCAAUCAUCAACGGCUUACAAAAUGGGGAUGAUUCCAAAUAUUUGAAAAUCGCUGCAAGUUGUAAACAUUUCAAUGCUUACGAUUUAGAAAACUGGAACGGAACAGAUUGUUUUAGUUUCAAUGCAGUGGUCACUGACCAAGAUCUUGUUGAAACUUAUUUGCCGCCAUUUGAAACCUGUAUUCGUGAUGCUCGCGUAGCAGGUAUUAUGUGUUCACAUAAUGCAAUUAAUGGUAUACCAUCGUGUGCAAAUAAAUUUCAUUUACGAACAUUGGCACGGCAUGCAUACCAUUUAAAUGGAUUCAUUGUUAGUGAUUGUGGUGCUAUUGAUAAUAUAAUGGGCACACAUCAUUAUACAUCAACAGUACAAGAUACAGUAGCUGUGGCACUUCAUGCCGGUACAAGUUUAGAUUGUGGAGAUUUCUACAGUAAACACUCAAAAGACGCUCUUUUAAAUGGAACAAUAAGUGAACAAGAUAUUGAUAAGGCUUUGCAGUGGAAUUAUGAAACAUUGCUAAGAUUAGGUUGGUUCGAUCCACCUGAACAGCAAGUGUAUCGACAAUAUACAAAAGAACAAGUAAAUACAAAAGAAGCUCAACAAUUAGCAUUGAAAAGUGCACAAGAAUCAAUUGUCUUAUUAAAGAACAACAAUGGUCCGCAACAAUUACCAAUUAAUUUAAAUAAAUUAUCGGGAAAAAGAAUUGGAUUAAUUGGCCCAACCGCAAACGCGACAAUUCUUCAGCAAGGAAAUUAUUAUGGACAAGCACCUUACAUCAUUAAUCCCAUAGAGGGUUUUGAGAUUGUUACAAAAGGCACAAAUGUAUCGAUUGAAUUUGCUUUUGGUUGUUCUGUGAGCGAUACAGAUGAAAGUGGUUUUCAACAAGCACUUGAUGUAGCUCAUCGUUCCGAUUACAUUUUCUUUUUUGGUGGUCUUAAUCAAUCAAUCGAAGCAGAAGCCCGUGAUCGUACUUCGAUCACAUUACCUGACAUACAAGUAAAGUUAAUCCAACAACUAGAGCAAAUGACAGAAGCAUCACUUCAUGUUGUUAUCAUGUCCGGUAGUGGUUUAGAUUUAUCGUUUAUACGUGAUUCUUCAGCAUUUACAAGCCUUCUUUGGAUGGGUUACGCUGGACAAUCAGGUGGUUUAGCUGUAGCUACUGUUAUCUUUGGUUUAUAUAAUCCUAGCGGAAAAUUACCAAUUACAUUUUAUCCACAAGAAUAUGUAAAUCAAGUUCCCAUGACUGAUAUGUCAAUGCGUUCAAGUCCCAUAAAUCCUGGUCGAACAUAUAAAUUCUAUAUCGGUCAACCUGUUUAUGAAUUUGGUUAUGGUCUAUCAUACACAACAUUUAAAUAUGAAUGGUGUGAUUCAGCAUCGUCAUCAAUAUUCAAUAUAGAACAUUUGAUGACAAACCAUUAUGAUGAUCGUUUCAUCAUACAAACAUAUCGUGUCAAUGUAACAAAUACCGGUACAAGAGAUGGUGAUGAUGUGGUUUUAGCAUAUUUAAAACCAGAACUGAAAUUAAUAAAAAAUGUUCAACCCCCAUUGAAACAAUUAUUUGGUUUCACUCGAAUACAUUUAUCGAUUAAUGAAACGAUACAAGUGUAUUUUCCAUUAAAUAUUCGAUCACUAUUAACAAUUGGAAGUGAUGGAUCGAAAUGGUUACACCAAGGUCAAUAUCAUUUGCACAUUGGAAAACAGCAGCAAUCAUAUACAGUUAAAUUAUAUGGAAAAUCGUCUAGAUGGAACUAA